AUGGGAGCCAGGUCGUCUAUGUUACAGGAAGAAGAGAUUUCCGAGAUUCACAAAGAGACUGGCUUCUCCAGCAACCAGAUCGUCCGUCUGUACAGCAGGUUCACUAACCUAGAUAAAAGUGACCAAGGUUUCCUAAGAAGAGCUGAUUUUCUACGAAUCCCUGAACUGGCCAUCAAUCCCCUGGGAGAUAGAAUAGUUCAUGCAUUUUUUCAAGAAAGUGGUGGUGACACUGUUAACUUCCGCCAGUUUAUGAGAGUGCUUGCUCGCUUUAGGCCAGUGAAAAAGAACACACAGAAAAACAAACUAAAUGACAGGGAGGAAAAAUUAAAAUUUGCAUUUAAAAUGUAUGACCUGGAUGGAGACAAUAUGAUAUCUCGAGACGAGCUGUUGAAUGUACUUCAUAUGAUGGUUGGAGCAAACAUUUCUGAUGAACAGCUGGGCAGCAUUGCUGACAGGACAAUCAUGGAGGUGGACCUGGACAAGGACGGCUAUAUCUCAUUUGAGGAGUUUGUUAAGGCAAUGGAACGGGUGGAUGUAGAGCAGAAGAUGAGCAUACGUUUUCUCAACUAG